AUGCCGCCCCUCACCCCUCUCCAAAUAUCUCAGCUCGAAGAGUACGGCCAAAAUCACUUUGGCGAGAAUAAAGAACUCGCCUUCGUCCCCAUGCUCUUGGGGUUCGCCCUGACAUGCUCGUUCUUUGGACUGUUGGUGCUGCAGGUCUUGUUUUGGGUGUGGAGGACGGCGAAGAGGGAUUGGUGGGUCAUCAAAGUCGUCGUUGCACAUGUAUUCAUGUCGGCGACGGCAUACAUGGUGCUUGAGUUCUACUGGAUAUCGCAGAAUUUCGCGACGGGCUUUGGGACGUACUAUCGGCUCUACAAGUUUUCACCUAUUGCCGAUUUCUUCCUCAUUACCACUAUCAUGCAGACGCCUGUUUCUGGCUUCUUCUCUUUGAGAGCGUUUAGAUUGACGGGGGGGAAUCUUUACUCUGCUAUCGUCCCGAACGUCCUCUUAUUCAUAUCAUUUGGAAGCUGUAUCGCCCUCCGUAUCGUCGCCCCCGAAUACGCCACCCAAAUUGUGUAUAGUAACCACCCAGUCACGUUUUCAGUGUUGUUCGUCUGGGCGGUAACAGCGAUGAUAGCGGAUUUGAUCGUAACGUUCACCAUCGCAUACGCGUUGUUGCAGUCCAAGCUUGGUUUUACGGGCUUUGUGAGGACUGAUAAACUUAUCAAGAAAGUCAUCAUGUACAUCCUUCCCUCUUCUCCCCAUGUCAUGAUUGGAGGGCUGAUGGAAAAGUGUAGUAUAUCGGUUGAAGCGCAAAUGAUACCGACACUAUCCUCGCUGGCGUUUCUCAUCACGUUCGCUACGACGCCUUCGACGGAGAUCUCUGCUAUCUGGCUGUUUACGCCGUUGAUGUACCCGAUAGCGUUUAUGGCGGUGCUGAAUUCGAGGAAGGGAUUGGCGAGGCAGUUGGCGCCGAGGUUGGGGCAGGUUGCCGACUCCUCCCAACCCCCAACGCUACGCACAUCCUCUUCCAACCUCACUUACGACCACCCCGGCCUCGAAGGCGUACUACCGCAGCUAGACAGGUCGCCAAAGGAGAGCGGAAGGGUUCAGGCGGGGCAGGUGGCGGCGUUUCCGGCUUGCUUGAAGGUUCCUCGGGAGGGAGAAGGAUAUGUCAAGGAAGAGAAAGAAGGGAAGGAAUGGAAGAGCGAGGAGGGGAGACGAGAUGAGAAGGCGGAGCGGGAUGAGGAGGAGCGGAUAGGGAUGGGGCAGAGGUUGAGUAGGCAGAGGUAUGAUAUCAUCUCUGCGACGGGGUCGAGAACGGGGACGGUAUCGGGCGAGGACUCUGUGGGAUCGGUAAAUGUCGUACUGGGGGGUGAUAUUGGCCGGCCAUGA